GACGAUUCUGGUAGAAUAUGGACGCAGAAAUCCUGGGCCAGAAAUACAUGCGAUAUAAUUUCGUGCCAUUCUGAGUUGAUGUCGUUGUUGAAAGCACACGGUGGCCUUUCGUUGAGUGCGUUUUUCUGCUAAAUCUCGGCGGAUCCAACAAAUCGCCCGCACUAAUUGUUACUGUCACCCCACCGAGUCUGGACGCUGGCCACUCUGGUAUGCCUUAUGAACACCAUAAAAGAUAUCAUUCAGCCCACUAUCAUGCCGAAAUCAGAUCUAGAAAGGGGGUGUAUAUUAAGACUGCCGCCUGAAAUUCUCCAUAUCAUUUUCGAAUUGGCUCUUCGUGACGGAGAACGGUAUUGCCGUUAUACCACCAAAUCAUUGACUCUUACAUGCCAUUGCUUCUUGAACUUGGCCAUACCCUUUUUGUAUAAAACGAUCAAGCUAGAAGUGCCCGGUGAAUGCAGAAGACAUAUAAGUUUAAACGCAGCGCUUCAAAAAACCCCCUCAUUAGGGCAGUAUUGCAACGCUCUUUGGAUUGACAUAGGAGCAUCUAAUGCCACACCUAUCGUAUAUUCAGCAGUGAAUUACAUCAUUCAGUCUUUGAGAAGUGUGAAAUCGUUGCGCAUUUCCCACAGUGGUUACAAUGUGGGUUAUAGAGAUUACGAACGCUCUGAUCAAGUUCUAUAUAUGUGGAAAUUGAUCGACACUGUUGCCCAGCAUAUGCCGCAACUUGAAGAAUUACGUUUAGGCAUAGGCCGUUAUCGCAUUGAAUUGAGAGAUCUCGUCGAAAGUAUCGACAUUCCAUCCUUAAAGCACCUUAGCUUGGAUGGUAUACUUUUUGGUGGAAUUGCUCCCAUUUCGGACACAAUGAAGUAUCGAACGGCUUCAUUCACCUCACUCACCAUUUCAGACUAUGAAAAUGACCACGCGAACGUUUUGCAACAGCUGUUGUCAUGGCCGAAGGCACUUUCACAUUUCUGCUGGAACAACUCCAUGUAUCGUGUUGAGUUACAAUCAGCCAUUGCUCAAUCGAUCCAAUUCUCGCUGUUAAUGCACAAGGAAACUUUGAAAAGCCUCGAUCUGGAAGGGAUACCGUGGGGACAUGAAGCGCAUUGGUCUAGUACUAGCAUCUACCCCAAUUUAGAAGUGCUGAGACUGUCAAGGGACUGCCUCCGUGGAAUAAAGGGAGAAUUUCGAAACAAUCUUCUUGAAUUAACUGCCGCUGAUGCGGGGUCAUUAUUACUGACCCCGAAAUUGAAAGUGUUUGUACUGAACUAUGGUACAGAUGGCAUUGGUAAGGAUGGAUACCCUAAAUCAUGCUGGAUUACUUUCGGAGACGGAGACGAAAACUUGUUGUGUCAACUCGCGAAAGCCGCAAUCGAUGGGAAAACGGAACUUCGAAAGAUUCUAAUCCAAUAUAACCCGCCAAAGGAUGAGAUUUCUGACUAUAAUGACGUAUAUCCAUGGGAUCGCAUGGAAAGGAUACGUGACGAUAUUCAGCCUUUUGGGUUGAUACUGGAAUAUGAUGUUCCACAAAUUAGCAAGCGGGAGUUUAUGGACUGCAUAGAGUUGAAGCGAUUCUAUGAAGAGACCACUCUUGAUGAUGAUAUGGUGAUAGCUCAAUCGCCCGAUCGGUUAUGGUAGUAGACAAAGAGGCAUUUAUGAAGUUAUGUCAUUGAGUGAGGAGUAAAUAACGUUUCGUGAAGGAGCCCUGGUCCAGAAACCUGAGAUUUCCCAUGCCAUUGUCCUCAGCUGAAAAUUCUUCCCAAAACAAAACCACAUAUCCCAG